CAAUUGGCUCUUGAACGAGUCCGUCUACACGGCAAUGACAGUUGGCUCUUGGGCUUGUUUUUCACAAGCCAACUAUGAAUUGUUUAUUUUGGCCGUUUCGGUCUACAUAAUUAUACGCCGAACAACCACUAUCCCUUCAGCCUUCAACGGCGACUCGUUGACGGCGCAUCCGCCACACGCAUCAGAUGUUCGCCACUAGUACUGCAAGUUGUUUUGCCGGGGUCUCUUCCGAGUCCCAGUCCAGAGAACGAACGAACGACGACGACGACGACGACGACGACGACGACGACGCCAUCCCCGUUUCUCGCCGAUGACGUGCUCAGCCAGACCACCUGCGUGAGACCCUUUCACUCCCUCGGCCUCUCCCACUCUCUCGUUCAGCCAGUGACAGAGGACAAUGGCCGUGGAAAAGCCCGUAAAAUCUCUGACCGAGCGAGCCCGCUUGUUGGCGGAUAUCGCAAUCUCUGGCGGAGAACCCCCGACUCUGCCAUGCUUGAGUCGAUCAUGGGAAAAAAGACAUAAGCGUAUGUCUACUUGUACUGCAUGUAGUUUCUAGUCCAUGUACACAGCACGGUAUGUGUACAUGGGAAUUGUAAUCCCCUUGCUUUUGCCGGUCAUUGUCUCGAUCUUAUAGGUAGGCUCAGGUGUCCCUCUCAUCGCUUCCUCCUCCUCCUCCUCCUCCUCCCCCCCUCCCUGGUCCGGCCGGUUGAUAGUGUUUGACUCGCAAGGAACCCGCGUCCCAAGUUCGUUCAAGUUCAAGUCCGACUUGGAGCAUUCUUUGCGCCUGCAACUGCCGGGAUUCAACUUGCGUGACCCUGUUCGCGUCUUGUUUCCCAUCUUCUGUCCGUCCCUCUGCCGAAUCUGCUCCUCCUCAUAAACUCGCACGUCCCACAUGGUUGCGCUUUCUCUCCAAACAUCAAACAUCCAUCCGUCUUGCGUCCGAGAGUCGAGUCUUGUUCCGAUCUUUCUCUUGUCUCACCUCCUCUCGCCCUGAUCUCCAUCCCUUCUUCGUCUUCUUUUUCUUCUUCUCCCCUCCCCCCUCUGCUGCGAGACUGCGUCUGUGACCCCUCCGUCGCAUCGUCGUCGUCGUCGUUGUAGCAUUGCGCAUUGCGCCAUCGCAUCACUUCGUCACCUCUCGACGCGCGCACCGGCCUUCAAACGAACAUUGAUACGCCAACUACGACACACCAUCGCCAAAUCCGACCGAAGGGUCCCCCCUCCCCGAGUCCCUGACGACGCAUCGGAUUGAUCGCGACUCGCCUGUUUCGCGCGCCAUGGACAAGGACCUGCGCCAAACCGAGCCCGCCACGAGCGAUAAGGGCACCUCCGAGCUCGCCUUCGCCCGCCCCGAUGUCGAGACGGGCGGCACGACCGGCCUCAGCGCCUGGUUCGGCGGCCGCAAGACAAAGGUCGGCCCUCGCAUAGCGCCGCGCCACGAGGGCCUGGGAGAGACUUCCGACAGCGAGGAGAACCCGGACGCCAUCCUCGGGAAGCAGCUGGCCGAGGAAGAUGGCCAUGCCAUCAAGUACCGGACGUGCAGCUGGCAAAAGACCGCCGGUUUGCUCUUUUCCGAGUACAUCUGCCUUGCCAUCAUGAGCUUCCCGUGGUCGUACAGUAUUCUCGGCCUCGUUCCCGGACUCAUCCUCACCGCCGUCAUCGCCCUCAUUGUUCUCUACACAUCUUUGGUCCUCUGGCAAUUCUGUUUGAGGCAUCCUGAAGUCCGCGACGUUUGCGACAUUGGUCAGAUGCUCUUCUGGGGCAAGAAAUGGGCGUGGUAUGCCACCGCCGUGAUGUUUAUCCUGAACAACACCUUCAUUCAGGCUCUUCACGUCCUCGUCGGCGCCAAGUAUCUUAACACGAUGACCGAGUCCGACCCCGUCGUCUGCCGAACCGUCGUUUUCUCCAUCGUCGUCACCAUCAUCUGCUGGGUCUGCUCGCUGCCCCGCACCUUCGACUCGUUGUCCAAGGCCGGCACCGCCUCAGCCGUCUUCACCUUCAUCUCGGUGCUUCUGGCAACCAUCUUCGCCGGCAUCCAGUCCCAUCCCGCCGGAUACGACCCCCGAUCCACCUACGUGGGUGACAAUGGCGUCACCAAGACGGGCGGCAACCCCAUCGUCACGGCCCUCCCGCUGGCCUCCACCACGUUCGUCUCCGGAAUGAAUGCGUUUUUGAACAUUAGCUACACCUUCAUCGGCCAGAUCACGCUGCCUAGUUUCAUCGCCGAGAUGAAAGAUCCUCGCGAUUUUCCCAAGGCUCUCUGGGCCGUCACCAUUGGCGAGAUCAUCGUUUUCAGCAUUGUUGGAGCUGUCGUCUACGCCUUCGUCGGCAACCAGUACAUGACCGCCCCGGCUUUUGGUUCCCUCGAAGAUGUCUACAAGAAGGUCUCCUUCUCCUUCAUGAUCCCGACUCUGGUUUUCCUCGGUGUGUUAUACGCCAGUGUCUCGGCUCGCUUCCUCUUCUUCCGCCUUUUCAAGGGAACGAAGCACUUGCACGAGCACACCAUUGUUGGCUGGGGCUCGUGGGCCACUAUUCUUUUGGCGCUUUGGCUGUUGGCUUUCCUUAUUGCCGAGCUGAUUCCCUUCUUCUCGUCUCUUCUCUCUCUCAUGUCCUCCCUGUUCGACUCCUUCUUCGGCUUCGUCUUUUGGGGCGUGGCCUAUUUCCGCAUGCGGAGCGCCGACGGCCGCGCCGGGAUUCCGAAGGGGAACAAACUUGUUGACUGGGCAUCGAUGGCUCUUAACGUCAUUAUCAUUCUCACCGGUCUCCUUUUCCUUACGGCAGGAACAUAUGCAAGUGUCGAGGGCAUUAUCGAAGAGUUCCGGGCGGGCACCGUCGGGAAGCCUUUUGGUUGCGCGUCCAACGGCCUAUGAAAUGGCCGUCAGAACUGAGCCCAUGGGCGUACAUAAUGCUGCCGUUACGCGCUUGUUCAGAGAAAGCACAAGGGGACCAAGCAGGCCCGACAUGAUAUAGGAAAGAGAACAAUGAUACCAUUAGUGUUUCUCUAUUGUUGAAACUACAAAUGUGUAAAAACACAGCUUGUAUGCUGCACCUGUGUAACAUAUCCUUGAAAACCUAGUAAAAGCAAGCAUAACGUCUUGUUUACAUAUUAUAACUUAUACUCCCUAGGAGGCAGCGCAAGCCUGGGUUC